AUGGCUUCCUUUCAAGUCUACAGCUUUCGCCCGUCGUCAUUAACUGGGGACACACAUGCACCAAACCAGUUUGAAGAAGAUGAAGUGAGCAUCUUAGACGAGAGUGUUUUCGACCCGAACUCGUUUGAGCCUGGCUUAGAUUUAUCACCACUUGUGAGUGAUACUCGGCGAGAAUCUCUAGCACUAUCAGUAGCCCCUAUGUUUUCGCCCAAGGUCGAGAACUGGCAGCAUCUCGAUACACAGCCAGCGUUAUCCUCCAAUAAUCCUUUUAUAGAGCAUAAACUUAAUAACAACAGUAACGGUUUCCACGAUAUUCACGGCCAUGAAAACAACCCAUUUAUGCGUCUCGAAUCACACCCGUCAAUAUUCACACAUCCUGGCUCUUGGUCUUUAGGAAAUGGAUCGAGGAUGGGCACUCCCAUGCCAGUACAUGGUCGUGAUUAUUUCUCAUCUGCUAGUGAUAAUGAUGGUGGUCUCAUGAUCCCGCGCUUGACAGCAUCCACUUUCUCACCAUUAGAAAUUCAACAAACUCCUCUUUUUCCCUCUGGAAACGGUAGUGAAUCAAUUCCACCAUCGCCUCAAAAAGAAUGGUCAUUUCCAGACGUAAUGGACCACCAUAUACUGCCCAAGCGUACGCGACAAUUUAGUCCCACCACGCGUUCGCAUUCCGAUUUUCAUCGUAGAGGGGAUGGCGUUCGGAAAAAGAACGCGCGAUUUGAUAUCCCGGCCGAGCGAAACUUAGCAAACAUUGAUCAAUUAAUUGCUCAAUCAACCGAUGAACAGGAGGUGAAGGAACUUAAGCAACAAAAGCGUCUGUUGAGAAAUAGACAGGCCGCUCUUGAUUCGCGUCAACGAAAGAAGCAACACACAGAACGCCUAGAAGACGAGAAAAAGCAUUACACAUCGCUAAUAACCGAUCUAGAAGAGGAUCUAGCUGAAGCUAAACAUACCAUAAAUAACUUACUUCGUAAACAAGCUCAAUACCAGCAAUUUCUUGAGAAUAUGCAGAUGGAAAAAGAAGAGAUGAUCCGGAAUCACACUAUUGAGAGCGGCGACUUGCGGAAAAAAGUCAGCGUGCUCACAGAACAUCUUCAGCGAAUGGAGGUGACGGGCAUACCUGCCCAAAAUUCGUCCUCAUGCCUGGAAUCUAACUAUGCUGAUAUCGAUAGUUUGACGACUGAUGGAGCGUGGGACAAUAUUUCUUUCCGGAAUAAUUUUGAGGCUGAGCCAGGCUUAAAGUCAGAGAACUUGCCUAUCUCUAGCAAAAAGGUAGAUUCACUCAUCAAUGACACGGAAAAACCUGCUGCUCAAGGCCUUCUCUUAAUGUUACUUCUCUUUGGCGCGUUCGUUGCCUCAAAAGGAUCGUCACCUAGUUUUCCUCAAAUGUCUGAUGAUGUCCGUGCCGCUUCAGCCUCACUCCUCGAAGAUAUAUUUCAUGAUGCUGGAGUAGCUGAAUCCACCCGGAGCUCGUCUGCAGUUCAUAAUUCUCAAUCUUCACCCCCGGAAAAUUCCUGGCAAACCGCGCCGGUAAUAUCUGUCACGUCCAGUGAAUCACAGAGUUUAACCCAAUCUCGAAUCUAUAACCUUGCCGACUCACUUUCUCAGCCGACUGAGGAGCAAAAAAACGAACAGCUUUUCUCUUUAUCUGCCGCUCAGUACAGUGGCCUUACAUGUCAGGACUUUUUGAAAAAUAAACCUCAGAAGUCUACAUCACAAGGUCGAAGAAAUCUCUGCGAAACUUUAGCAACUAUGCGUAGAAAUAACCAGAAAGAGACUGCAGCUGAAGUCUAUACUCGCUCAUUGCUCUGGGACCAGGUUCCCAGCGAAGUUGUUAGAAAUUUUGCCAAGAUGGUUUCUGAUUGCAAUUCCCAAAGCAUUAAAAAUGACUGCACACCUAUUGACACAGCCUAG